AUGAGUGCCACAACAGUAGUUCAAACCGAAGGCAUCACUGCUGAUAACAUCCUCCGCCUGUUUGGCAGCGAUGUCAACACCACAUUGAUUGGCUCCGGGAUACAACCCGGUGCGGCGAGAGAUGCAGACUUGGACGGGUAUGAUGAAGAGCAGAUUAGACUUAUGGAAGAGGUGUGCAUUGUGUUGGACGAGAACGAUCUACCAAUUGGUAGUGCAAGCAAAAAAGUUUGCCAUCUCAUGAGCAACAUUGAGAGAGGCCUACUUCAUCGUGCCUUUUCUUGCUUCCUCUUCAAUUCCAACAACGAACUGCUCCUGCAGCAACGUGCUACUGAGAAGAUCACAUUUCCGGAUAUGUGGACGAAUACAUGCUGUUCGCACCCACUGGGAAUUCCCGGCGAGACUGGAUCGAACCUACAAGACGCAAUCAUGGGCGUGAAACGUGCGGCGCAGCGAAAGCUGGAUCAGGAGCUAGGGAUCAAGAAAGAGCAGGUGCCGAUUGAGAAAUUCCAGUUUCUGACGAGGAUACAUUACAAGGCACCCAGUGACGGGAAGUGGGGGGAGCAUGAGAUUGAUUAUAUCUUGUUCAUCAAGUCUGACGUCGAUCUCGACAUCAACCCGAAUGAGGUCCGCGACACUACAUACGUCUCUCCGGAUAAGCUACGCACCAUGUUCACAGACUCAGCGCUCAAAUUUACGCCUUGGUUCAAGCUCAUAUGCGAGAGCAUGCUGUUCAAGUGGUGGGACAGCUUGGACAAUGGCCUCGAGAAAUAUCUGAAUGAGACCGAAAUCCGGAGAAUGUAA